AUGGCGGCCAAAAUCGGGUCAUUCCGGCACAGCUUUGCCGAGAGGAGCAAAGAGAGGCUGCUUUCGCGUAAAGGGUACUCGGAUUUUGGGCUGAAUGGCGAGGAGAGAAAAUGUGGGUGGUUUCGGAGAAUGUACGAUGGCUUCGUCAACGUUUUCAACAGCGUUCCGGAGGUUACGGUUAAUUUGUAUAAGAUGGGCCGCUCCGAUCCUCGGAAAGCUUACUUCGCCGCCAAGAUGGGGUUGUCGCUGGCCAUCGUAUCGCUGCUCAUAUUUUUCAGGGAGCCUCUCGAUGAUGCUAGCAAAUAUUCCAUCUGGGCGAUUCUCACUGUUGUCCUCAUUUUCGAAUUCACCGUUGGUGCGACGUUGAGCAAAGGGUUUAAUCGGGCUCUGGGGACGUUAUCGGCCGGAGGGCUAGCUCUAGCCAUAGCACAGUUGUCUGUAAUGGCCGGAAGUUGGCAGGAGAUUGUGAUUGUAGGCAAUAUUUUCCUAGCAGGUUUUCUUGCUAGCUAUAUCAAGCUUUAUCCGCCAAUAAAGACUUAUGAAUACGGAUUUCGGGUUUUCUUGUUGACAUACUGUAUAGUUUUGGUAUCCGGGAGUGCAUCGUCAUUUCUCCGAACAGCAAUUUAUCGAUUGAUACUCAUUGCACUGGGUGCUGGUAUCUGUUUACUUAUCAACAUAUGUAUAUGCCCCAUCUGGGCAGGGGAGGAUCUCCAUAAGCUAGUGGCCAAAAAUUUUAAGGGUGUUGCGACUUCUUUGGAAGGUGUUGUUACCGGAUAUCUGCAAUGUGUCGAAUAUGAGAGAAUUCCUUCAAAAAUACUCACAUACCAAGCUUCUGAUGAACCAAUGUAUAAUGGAUAUAGAGCCACUAUACAAUCUUCGACACAAGAGGAAACCCUGUUAGACUUUGCACUAUGGGAGCCACCUCAUGGUCCUUAUAAAUCAUUCCAUUAUCCUUGGAGAAGCUACGUCAGAGUUGGUGGUUCUCUGAGGCACUGUGCUUUCAUGGUGAUGGCAAUGCAUGGAUGCAUUCUCUCAGAAAUACAGGCACCACCAGAGAAGAGAUAUGUUUUUGCAAAAGAGCUCCUGAGAGUUGGUACCGAAGGUGCUAAAGUAUUACGCGAGCUAGGAAGCAAAGUAGAAAGGAUGGAAAAAUUAGGUCCCAGAGACCUACUUAUUGAAGUGCAUGAAGCUGCAGAAGACUUGCAGAAUAUGAUAGACCAGAAAUCGUACCUACUUGUCAAUUAUGAAGGCUGGGGACCGGAAAUACUAGGGCACAAGUUUGAAGAUCCUGACAGUUUUGUUGAUAAAGAGCAGGAUAAUAAGAACAAUGUGAUUGAGUCCCUUGGUGAACGCUGCGAUUCUCAGAAUUCUGGAAAUGGCGGCGAUGGUGAUCCUUCAAUGUCACGGUUGAUAUCUACAGAUAGUAUGUUAAAGAAAACAUUAGCAUCAUGGCCUUCACGCCUUGCAUCUUUUAACAGCAAUUCGAUGCAACCUCAACCUGAACCAGAAGAAUCAAAAGUAUAUGAAAGCGCCAGCUCCCUGUCUUUAGCAACAUUUACAUCGCUUCUGAUUGAGUUUGUGGCAAGGCUUCAAAAUUUAGUGGAUGAAUUUAUAGAACUUAGUGAGCAAGCAAACUUUAAGAAUCCGAUGGACUUGCAGGAGACCAGAGAGGUGGGAGGAUUCUGGACCAGAGUAUAUCGCCGCUUCCGAUCCAAUAAGCAUGAAGAGUUAGCUUGA